GGUCAGUCAAUCUUUUGUUUUCAUUUGUACUCUGUUUCUUGUGACUUCUUUUCUUGCUGAAAUAAAGUUAGGGUUUUGUUUUUGAACCAUGAGAUUGGGGAAGGUUUUUGGGUGUGUAAUUUGUUUUAGUUUUUCUAGCUUCAAAUGAUGAGUAUUUGAUCUGUUGGCUUCCUCUCUCGUUUGUACCAUUAAGAAACAAGAUACGGGAUUCAACUUUUCAAAUCCAGUUUCAGCUAAUAUUGAACGCAUAUUAAAUGAACAAAAGAACGUGCUUCUUUGGAAUUCUAAUCAAGAAGUCUCCUUUGUUUUUCAACUUCUCUUCCAUAUCCACCGCAAUUCAAUCUUUCCAACAACCCUACAAUCUCACCACAUGCAUUGCUUCAUUGCAAGCCUCUGCCCACCACAAGAACCUUUCCAAAGGCAAAGAAAUCCACUCAUAUAUGCUUAUCAAUGGCUUCCUCAACUCCCCGCUUUCUAUCACAAGCCUUAUCAACAUGUACUCCAAGUGUAAUCAAAUGAACUUUGCUUUGUCAAUCUUCAGCGACCCCACCCAUGAAAUAAAUGUGUUUGCUUUUAAUGCAAUCAUAUCUGGGUUCAUCACCAAUGGUUUUCCCGAAGAGGGGUUUGAAUUCUAUCAAAAGAUGCGGAAUGAGGGUGUUAUUCCAGAUAAGUUCACCUUCCCAUGUGCAAUCAAAGCUUGCCUUGAUGUUUUGGAGAUUAAAAAGAUUCAUGGGUUGUUGUUUAAAUUUGGAUUGGAAUUGGAUGUCUUCAUUGGUAGUGCUUUGGUAAAUUGUUAUUUGAAAUUUGGUCUGAUGGAGCAUGCACAAGUAGCAUUCGAGGAAUUGCCAAUAAGAGAUGUUGUGCUAUGGAAUGCUAUGGUUAAUGGGUAUGCACAGAUUGGUCAGUUUGAGAUGGUGUUGGAGACUUUUAGGAGGAUGAAUGAUGAGAGUGUUGUUCCAAGUAGAUUUACUGUUACUGGGGUCUUAUCAGUUUUUGCUGUGAUGGGAGAUUUGAAUAAUGGCAGAAUAAUUCAUGGGUUUGCCAUGAAAAUGGGGUAUGAUUCAGGUGUUGCUGUUUCAAACUCAUUGAUUGAUAUGUAUGGGAAAUGCAAGUGCAUUGAAGAUGCAUUGGAGAUUUUUGAGAUGAUGAGAGAGAAGGAUAUAUUCUCAUGGAACUCAAUUGUAUCUGUUCAUGAACAGUGUGGUGAUCAUGAUGGUACUCUAAGGCUUCUUGAUAGGAUGCUGGGUGCAGGGAUUCAGCCUGAUUUGGUCACAGUCACAACUGUCCUUCCAGCUUGCUCUCAUUUAGCAGCAUUGAUGCAUGGUAGAGAGAUCCAUGGGUACAUGAUUGUUAGUGGGUUGGGGAAGGAUGGUAAAGAUAUUGAUGAUGUUUUACUGAAGAAUGCUGUUAUUGACAUGUAUGCAAAAUGUGGGAGUAUGAGGGAUGCUCACUUGGUUUUUGAAAGGAUGAGCAAUAAGGAUGUGGCUUCAUGGAACAUUAUGAUUAUGGGUUAUGGCAUGCAUGGAUAUGGUAACGAGGCAUUAGAAAUGUUUUCUCGCAUGUGUGAGGUACAACUUAAACCCGAUGAAGUUACUUUUGUUGGAGUUCUGUCAGCUUGUAGCCAUGCAGGCUUUGUGAGCCAAGGCCGUAACUUCUUGGUGCAAAUGAAGUCAAAGUAUGAUGUUGCUCCAACCAUUGAGCACUAUACAUGUGUGAUUGACAUGCUUGGUCGGGCUGGGCAGCUUGAUGAGGCUUAUGAGUUGGCAUUGACAAUGCCAAUUGAGGCAAACCCUGUGGUAUGGAGGGCUUUGCUAGCAGCAUGUCGGCUCCACAAACAUGCUGUUCUGGCCGAGGUUGCUGCUCAACGUGUAUUUGAGCUUGAACCUGAGCAUUGUGGAAGUUAUGUAUUAAUGUCAAAUGUUUAUGGAGCUGUUGGCCGAUAUGAAGAGGUGUUAGAAGUGAGGCAUACAAUGAGGCAACAAAAUGUGAGGAAGACACCAGGAUGUAGCUGGAUUGAGCUCAAAAAUGGUGUGCAUGUUUUUGUUUCGGCUGAUCGAGCCCAUCCAGAAGCCCACUCCAUAUAUGCUGGAUUAAACUCAUUGACUGCUCGUCUGCGUGAGCAUGGAUACGUACCAGAUGUCUAGGGUGGCAAUAUUAACAAUUUGUACCUCUUCCCAGAAAGACUUAUUGAAAUGGAAAAAGGCAAUGGUUGUUGCUUCUCUGCAAUGACAUCGAAUCCUACCAUCCUUGUUCUUGUUACCAUCAUCACCGUUAUUUUGACUCGUGUUCUAUAU